AUGUCCAAUAACACCACCCAAAACUUGGCUGAACAGAAGGGUAUUCAGACCGACUUGGUCACUCUGACUCGUUUCAUCUUGGACGAGCAGAAGAAAUCUGCCCCAAACGCUACCGGUGAGCUGACUUUGCUUCUGAACUCCCUGCAAUUUGCCUUCAAAUUCAUUGCUCACACCAUCAGAAGAUCCGAAUUGGUCAACUUAAUUGGAUUGGCCGGUGUGACCAACGCCACUGGUGACGAUCAGAAAAAGCUGGAUGUUAUUGGAGAUGAGAUCUUCAUCAAUGCCAUGAAGGGAUCCGGUAACGUUAAGUUACUUGUUUCCGAAGAGCAAGAAGACCUUAUUGUGUUUGAGUCCUCCAAGGGAAACUAUGCUGUUGUCUGCGACCCAAUUGACGGUUCAUCCAACUUGGACGCUGGUGUCUCAGUUGGUACCAUUUUUGGUGUAUACAAACUGUUGCCAGGCUCAGCUGGUUCUAUUAAGGAUGUUUUGAGAUCAGGAACAGAGAUGGUGGCUGCCGGUUACACCAUGUACGGUGCAUCUUCUCACUUGAUGCUUACUACCGGAAAUGGAGUCAACGGUUUCACCUUGGACACCGACUUGGGAGAGUUCAUUCUCACGUAUCCAUCCUUAAAAAUUCCGCACACCAGGGCUAUCUACUCUAUCAAUGAAGGUAACUCGCACUACUGGACCGAUGGAGUCAAUGAGUACAUUGCUUCUUUGAAGAAACCCCAAGCAAACGGAAAACCAUACAGUGCCCGUUAUAUCGGAUCAAUGGUUGCUGAUGUCCACAGAACUCUGUUAUAUGGAGGUAUCUUUGGCUAUCCAGCAGACUCCAAGUCUAAGUCCGGUAAACUGAGAGUCUUGUACGAGUGUUUCCCAAUGGCCCUCCUGUUGGAGCAGGCUGGUGGUGAGGCAGUCAACGAUAAGGGUGAGAGAAUUCUAAACUUGGAGCCAAAACAAGUGCAUGAGAGAUCUGGUAUCUGGUUGGGUUCCAAGGGAGAAGUAGAGAGAUUACUACCCUAUCUAACAAAAAAAAUUAAGAUCCAAUCUGUGAAUCUCUAG